AUGGGAGCAUGCCAUGCAGUUCCAAAAUCAAAUCAAACUAAUAAUUCUAAAAAUGAAAACUCAAAAUCAAGAAGAAAAAUACCUUCAGCUUCAGCUCCAGUUUCACCAAAGGCGAUCCCUCAAAAAUCAACUUUCUCACAAAAAAAAUUAACACAUUCAUCUAACUGUCCUUAAUAACUGCUUAAAUUACAUAAAGUUGCAAUUUCCUAACAUUAUUCUGUUAUCUACGAAAAAGUCCCUAGCAAAAACCUUAAUGCGAAUUAAUCCUUUGUGUAGAACAAUCUGAAUGGGAAAAUUAGGAUAGUGGAAACUUUGCCAAAAUCAGUUCCUGAACAUUCAGAAUACAUCAAUAAAUUGUUAACUCAUAAUUUGAACCAUCCCAAUCUCAUCAAAAUAUUCGAUAUCUAUGAAGAUAUUGAUACUUAUAAAAUAAUAUUUGAAAAUUACACAGGGGGUAUCCUUUAUAUGAAAAAUGAUGGAAUUGGAAUGUUAGAGGAAACUGCUGGUACCAUAAUUAAGUAAAUAAUUGAUGUCAUUCAUUAUUUGCAUCAACAUAAAUUGAUUCAUGGAAAUCUGUAACUCAGCAGUUUCGCAUAUAAUGAUCAAAAAGAUUAAAAUACCAUUAAAUUAAUAGAUGUUAAAAGUAUUUUCGUAAAAGAACCAAUUACGAUCACUAAUGCCCUAUACACAUCACCUGAGGGAUUUAGAGAAUAAGACAUCAAAGCAAAACCAAGAGAUGUUUGGUCCAUCGGUGUUAUUGCUCAUUUUUUAUUAACAGGUUUUCUACCGUUCAAAGGAGCAACUGUUCCAAAAAUAUAUGCUGAUGUAAGAAGAGGCAUUCUGGACAUGUCAUCUAUACAAUUCGAUAAGAUAUCGUCUGAAUCCAAAGAGUUCUUGUCAAAUAUUUUAGUGGUUAGUCCAGCCAAUAGAAUGGAUUUAUUAUCUUUAACUAAAACAAAUUGGAUGAUCAAACAAAAAAAGAGAUUCGAAAACAAAAUCAAAGUUGACUUGCAGAAUAUGAGAAAACUAAAAAAAAUGAGUUUGCUCCAAUAUUGUAUCCUCUAAUAUAUGGUUAAUUAAUAUCUAAGUGAAUAAUCAUCCAGUUUAUUUUAAACAUUUAAUGAUAUUGAUGCCAAUAAGGAUGGUAAGAUCACUAAAUACGAGUUAAUGAAUGCAUACUAAAAACUAUAUGAAAAUUAUGAAGAUGCCUUCCAAGUGGUAAGUGAAAUCUUUUCAAAUGUCGAUCAAGAUGAAAAUGGUGAAAUAGAAAUCUAAGAAUACAUUCUCGCAUUAACAGAUCGGAAGUCAUUAUUGACAGAGGAUAAUCUUAAGGAUACUUUCAGAGUAUUGUCAAAUCGAAAAGGCCACAUAACUAUUUAAAGCCUAAUAUUAUAAAUCAAUGUAAAAGAAGAACUAAUCGAAGCAGAAUUCGUUAAAUUAUAAAAAAAGAAUAUUUCAUUUUAAGAUUUUAAACUAUAUAUGGCUGAACUUAUAUGA